AUGCCCCUUCCUCGUCGUCCCGGCGGUCGUCCCCAUCGUCCUGUUCUUGGCUCCACCUGCGCACUCGGCUUCUUCGUCAAUCUCUUCGCCUGGCUUCAAGUCCUCGGCUCGGUGGUAGUGGGAGCUCAUGGGAGAGCAGUGAAUUGGACGAUUCCGCACAAUUAUCCGACUAUCGCGUAUGUCCCGCUGGGCGGAUGGGCUACGUUGGAGGCUGGGUUUGGAGGGGUGACAUAUAAAUCUACGAAUGCAGAGUUUGCAAGAGCCAGAGUUAUAUUUCGAGGUCAAACACUAUACUACGAGUCACCGCUGUUCUUCUACGAAGCGCACGUUGUGAUCGACAUCGAUGAUACAACCAGCACUGAGCUCAAUCUCACGCAGCCUGACAGCGCAACCUCCGGCCUGCCUCCUGAUACGCCACCAAUUUCGAAGGCGACGUUCCUCGUCGCGGAGAGCUUGGAUCCCAGAAAGGACCAUACAAUCACCCUUCGUAGACCGGAUAGACCGGUGGCGAAUAUCACUAUGGGUACUUUUAUCUACACAACCGACGACAGGCCAGCUCGCGAACCAAACCCUGAAUCAGGCCGCAGCGAUAACCGAAAGCUCGUGAUCCCACUUGCACUCGUAGGGUCCAUCCUCUUCGCGCUCAUCGUCUUCGUACUCCUGUUGUGGGCGGUCAAGUUCCCGCAGUACUGCUGUGCGCCGGCGCGGAGGGUGAUUUGGAAGUUGACACCGUCGAAUAGGGACCACGAGUUGGGCGGUGUUAGGGGGACGGAUUAUCGCGUUAGCUCCAGUGGAGGCAGGAGGAAAAGCUUUGGAGGGUUCGGCGGUAACGGAGGCGCUGGCGGAGGAGGGAGAGGAAUAACAAUGCCGAGAUGGCUGAAAUCGAUCCCCAAUCCUAUCAAGUGGUUCUCGACACCCCCGAUUCAAGACCAUGCCCCGAAUAGGAGAUUCACCAAUUACGACUCGAGUAACCAUGAUGCACAACGAGCGAGGAACUUCGAGAUGGGCUCUACAGGGGGUGAUGGGAAGAGGUCGGGACCUGGGUCUGCCAACGCGAGUGUGGUGCUUCACGACAACGGGCAAGGGAGGGACUCGAGAGCGGGAGUGGGAGUGGGCAGUUACGGCAAUAAUGGUGGAGCCGACCCCAGGGCCUCAGUUGCAAGCCCUGUCCUACAAGCGAGACAAUUGGCGAUCGACCUUCCCUACCUCCAGUAUCUCGACUCACUAGCAUCUCCACCUGGCGAAGGAGACCCUCGAAGAGAUAAUCCUACCAUGAGUCCGCCUUUGAGCACCCGGCACCUCGCGGAACUGAACCACCAGAAUUCGACGUCGACGUCUCUCCGCUCGGAUUUGCUCAAGAACUUUCAGGCGGCUGGUACUGGGAGUGGAAAGGGGAGCAGGAGUGGUGGUGGGAAGAGUAGAGAGGGUGGGGGACAGAGUCGGGAGGGUGGGGAGAACGCCAGCGAAGGUGGAAAGAGCAGCGUCAGACCACAUGCCUUCGGUCGUACACCUACUACCUCUAUGCAGGUGACGGUCACCUCCGGCGUCGACAGGGAAGAAGACACUCUCGUGGGCGAUACGAGUUCGAUCAUCAAGAAGCUGGAGGAGGCGGCUGCCAAGGGAUUUACGUCGGAUAACGGUGGUCCAAGGAUGUUUGGAGACGGUAUGGUAGCGUCACAGCCAGCACCAGUGAAGACGCUCCAGUCGGGUCCUUUGAUGUCGGCGAGCAACAAGUUUAAAAUCUUGCAGAGGAAGCCGCUGCCGCAGCAUCCUGAUGCGACUGGGCCAACAACGGUUAUGGGACCAAGGGAGAACACGUCGGCAAGGCACGGGCAGUCGCAUACAAGGCUACCUGACUCACAGGGCUCGAUGGGUCAUUCGAGCUCGGAGUAUGGGCCUUUAGGGUCGGAUUCUGGGCAUGGGCACUCGACACAACCUACCACCCUGACUUCACAAUCAACGAGCCCUGGUACGGGCGUCCGACCUCUCCCUGUCCUUGCGCCCAAGCCUUCGACUCCAACCCGGAUGCACAGUGUGUCAAUGGAGAAGAUGCAGCAGGAGGCUGUGGCUGAACUCCAGCGGCAACAUCAGCAACUUGAGCAGCAACAGUAUUCCCCUCCAUUUGGGAAUGCGCGGACGAGGAAGGAAUCAUUAGGUGCUGGGAGUGUAGCGAGUGGAAGCGGCAACCAUCGAGGGGCUCCGAGCAGUUAUGGAAUGCCAGCGGCGGACUCGUGGGGUCUGGGCGAAGGCCAUGGACGACACCGGCACAUCUCGAUGGCGCCUUCAACUACGUCCAGCAUCACACUCGCGCCUCCCCCGAAUGAGACGAUGCCGAGUACCUGGAAGGGCAAGGGUGUGGACUACGGAGAUGGAGAUGGGGAGUAUGUCCCGCUCGUUCCUGGGCUACCGAGACCUGGAGCUGGGACGGGGAGAAGGCCGCUGCCACAGGUUCCGCCAAUACCAAGCUCUGGUGAAUCGAAGUCGCCGCAGUUGCCUACUCCACCACCGACAGCUACUGGUCCUCGACCGCCCUUACCUCCACCUCCACCCCCACAGGCACAGGCACAACUACAAUCCCACCCGCCACCGCCACCGGAGGACGACAUGAACGACGACUCGAUGUACACCGAUUACGAAGGGACGUGGCCGCCUUCGCCUUCAACACUGCAGCAUUACUUGAACCAAAGCGAGAAUUCAGCGAUCAUGAAUACCAUCCUUGGUGUUUCUAAUUCGUCGAGUUCGGGUAAUGCAGCUGCUAGAGGCUCGUCGUUAGCUUCAAAACCCUCCGUACGGACUGUCAAUUCCAGCAGUACCAACACCCACCACACGUACCCCUCGACAUCCUCGACAUCCUCCGCCUAUCUACAGCACACGUUCGAGCCAGUAGACGACUUUGGGAGACCGAUUAAACCGCCAUCUGCAAGUUCAAACCCGAGAGCGGCCACGGGGAAGAAACCCUCUUAUGACCCAGUUUGGAGGCCGGAUGGGUUUGGACCGAGGACGGCGGGUGGGAGUGAUGACGGUAUCGCGCGGUACACCACAGGUAGCUCGAGUGGUAAUACGACAGGGAGCUCGAAGAACCGGUCGGCGCCGCAUAAGAGGGUGGAACACCUCAAAGGUGCGACUGGGAUGCGGUCGUUACCUCGUGUUGACGGGCAUGGAUAUACAAAGGUGGAGUCGUAG